AUGUAUGUGCCCGUUAUGACUACGUGCGGUCACAACUAUUGCUACGAUUGCAUCUCGAACUGGCUCGUAAGCAACAAUGCCAGCGAGCUAACGUGUCCGCAGUGUCGAUCUCCUCUGGAACACCCACCAGCUCUAAAUGCCACUUUGCAGCACUUGCUCAGCGUGGUAAUCGAGAUAGGCGCUGGGUCAGAUCCGCAGCUUGGUCGCACGAGGGCCCAAAGCAUCGCUCAGUACAAAAACGACGUUGAGAACAACAUUCUGUACAAAGAUGUGUUCAACAACACAGCAGUGGCAGUAGUGGACGACGACGACGGCGUGGCCCGUUGCAGCAACUGUCACUGGGAAGUAGAGGGCGACGUGUGUCCCCAUUGCAAUGCCAGAAUGAGAAAUAGAACGCGAGAGUACGACGAAGAUGAGGAGGAAGAGAUUCUGACGGACGAUUCUAUACAGCGCUCUUUCAGCGGUGCUCGAAAUAGCUCUACCACAGUACGUGCAGAUUCAAUUUCCUCUUCAGAAAGCGAGUAUGGAGAAGAUCUUGACAGCGAUACGGACUACGUGCGUGAUUUCAAUAGAAACGUUGGCGAGAGCAGAAGUCGCCCUGCUCCAUUCGGCAGCGCCAGAGACAUUCUGAAUCGAAUAAACGCCCAAGAUCGCAGACAAAAUUCCGAAGAUGAGGACGAAAAUGAUUCCGAUCUAAAUUCCUUUAUCGUUGAUGAGGCUGAAGAGGAUGAGCUGGAAGAGAGCAGUUACACAUCAUCAAGAGAAGGCAAAUCGGCAAGAGUACCAGUGAGACUGGACGACAGUGACAACAGUGGAGACGAGGACAAGGAGCGCGACAGCGAUUUCUGGGAGCACAACGACGAAGAUGGCUUUGCAAGCGGAGAUAAUCUUGAUUCGGACGGCGGCGCAGACGAAGACACUGGCAGAAAGAUAAAAAAGCGAAGAUUUCAAGUAAUUGAGGACAGCGACGAGGAGGAUUAA